CUUCCCCUCUCCCUCCACCGAGACUACUUCUUUGCCCGUCGUCUGUUCUCUUAUUUUGUUCGUGCUUCCUUGGUCUGUCAUUUUUGCUCGCCCACUCCCAAAGAAAUCAGUCACCGACCGACGACUCAUGACCUACCAGCCACUUCAUUAUUUCGCGGUCUUGUAGUCUCAUUUCUCAACCUCCGCACCCUCGCCGUCCCUUCAAUUCCGUUGACUAGAAAGCGACUCUGGCGGGAUGACAUUAUUGCGGCUACUUCUAGCGAUUCAGACAGGGGCGAUGCUACAUAUGAGACGGAUCUGACGGAGCUAGAAGACGUUCCUAGUCCACGAAAACGUCUCCGACCCGACGAGAACCUUGCCUUGGAGCCGGAGGUCUCUUAUAAUGCUGUAGAGCUCUACGAGGACCUAUUGGAUGAAGGUGGGGUUGAUCUCUCUGAAAUCCCCGAGGAUUUUGACAAAGUACCGGGUACUAUUGAACGACGAGAACGGAUUGAG